UUCAAAAUUCUUAGAAGCAGAAAAAUUGAAGAAGUCACCUUUGUGUGCGUUUUGAAUAUUUCUGCUUAUCGUAUAGCAAUUAUCGACUAGAAUUUUAAAUUAGUGGCUUUGUUAAGGUUUAAGAUUGUAUAACAUUGGUGUGAAGAAAGCAGUGCACAUAAUAUAUCAAAAAGGCUCUGUUGGAAAAUGUUAUCUACAUUUUAUCAUAAAAGCAAUUUUUUCACUUUAAAAUAAUCGACAAAUACACAACAUGUCAAUAUAUUGCUGGGGUAACACAGAGCAUGGCGAACUUGGCCUGGGCGGCAUUGAGGAAGAAGAGAUAUUGGAACCACGUGAAAUACCCUGGCAUCCAGAAAGUUCUGUAGUGAGCAUAGGAUGCGGACUCAAACAUACCCUGUUUUUAACGGAAGACGGAAAAGUUUAUUCAUGUGGAUGUAAUGAUUAUGGUCAAUUGGGUCACCAACAGAUGACAAAGCGGCCACAACACAUAAGUGACCUUGGAAAUACUGUCUUUACGGAUCUAAGUUGUGGCGCUAGACAUUCUUUGGCACUCAGUGAAUGGGGCCAGAUUUACAGCUGGGGACAUAAUGACUAUGGUCAAUUGGCGCUGCCAGAUUCGUCCGAAGUUGUACGUUCACCAAAAAUUGUGAAAAAGCUUGCUGCCCAAACUGUUAUUCAAAUCUCCAGUGGCUGUAAUCACAGCCUUGCGUUAACCAAUUGUGGUGCUUUAUACGCUUGGGGUUCAAACAUUUAUGGUCAGUUGGGCAUAUCACCGCCGAAUGAAUUAGCCCAUUCCACUUCUCCUCGCCUGGUAGAAUCAUUGCUUGGAAUACCUAUAGCUUUUAUAGCAUGUGGGGGCAAUCAUUCAUUUAUAAUUUCGAAAUCAGGUGCUGUGUUUGGUUGGGGACGCAAUAAUUGUGGACAAUUGGGACUCAACGACUGUACACAUCGACAUUUUCCAACGCAGUUGAGAACGCUUCGUAGUCUAUGCGUGCGUUAUAUAACAUGUGGCGAACAAUAUUCCGUAUUUUUGACCAACGACGGUGGUGUAUUUACAUGUGGCAAAGGGUCACACGGUCAACUUGGACAUGGUGGUAACUUGAACGAAGUACUGCCUCGCAAAGUAUCAGAGUUAAUGGGAAGUACUAUCACACAAAUCUCGUGUGGUUCGCAACAUACUCUGGCAGUAGUGCCUUCUCGAGGGCGGGUGUACGGUUUUGGGCUAGGUUGUAUGGGAAAUUUUGACACAAGUAAAGUGAAUAGCUGUACUGUACCGCAUGUUAUAGUUGGACCGUGGGUUUCUCCCAGUAGCUCUAAACUAGUCGAUCCUGAUACCAAAGAAAACAUAGACGACUCCCUCUUAGUACGUCAAAUCUUUUGUGGUGGCAAUCACUCAUUUGUUUUAACCACAAAAGUCGGUGAUAAAAUUCCUGCCGCAGAUUAUCGAAUUAGCGAACCACGGACUCAAAUUAUGUGCUUAACCAGGGAGCUAGCGGAACAGUGUGCUAUGGUGGAGAAGGAUUCGUCGAUCGAUAUGGACUUAUUGACAACCAUUGAAGUGAUAUUUAAAAGUCAAGCUUGCCUCAACGGAUCAUUUUUGAUAGAAAAUAAGCAUUUCUGUUGUACCUCAAAACAGCCCGGCGUAGAUUUGUUGCAAGUUAAACAAACUUUUGACUUUAUACGCAAAGUGGAACACGAAAGCAUUAAGCAAAUCAUUUGGGACAAAAUAUGCAAUGAAAUAAUUGCAUCACUCAUGCCAUCGCCAGCAGACGUUGAAACUUUGAGACUUUAUCUGAUUUUGCCAUUAUAUCAUGAAUUUGUCAAUUCUAAAAACUAUGAAACAUUACAUACACCCUUCAGCAAUGCUGUGCUCAGACUUAAAGAAAUACCUAGAAAAAUUGUUGUAAUGUGGUGGGCGCAGACGCCGAUAGACUGGUUCGAAAACCUGGUAUCGAACUACAAAAACGUGGUAGCUCAUAUAAUCAGUUUUAAAAUUGCUGCAAACUCUGGCGGCAGUUUUGAAAAGAAGUUAGUUACUUAUAAUUCCAAUUUGUCAGCGGCUUUAAACUUGUUGGUCGUGCUACAUAAAAUAAAUCACAAACAGCGUUUAGAAAAAAUCGAUUGUGACAUUUUCCACUGGCCAGAGCUGACAGAUUACGUUGAUAUCCAACAAGACUAUAUACAUUGGCUAUUCGAAAAAAAUCCUGAAGCUUUUAACAUCUGUAAUUAUCCGUUUUUGUUCAACGCAUCUGCUAAAACCACACUUUUACAAACAGAUCAAGCCAUACAAAUGCACACCGCUAUGCAAAAUGCUGCCAAUUCGGGAAUCCUCUCGCUUCUUACAUUUGGAACACCUAUAUCGCAAUUUAUUGUGCUGAAUGUUUCACGUGAGAAUCUAGUGCAGGACACUUUACGGGAAAUUAUGCAGUAUAAUCAAAGUGAUUUGAAAAAGCCACUUAAGAUAAAAUUCCAUGGGGAGGAGGCCGAAGAUGCCGGUGGUGUGCGAAAAGAGUUUUUCAUGCUUUUAUUAAGGGACCUCUUGGAUCCGAAAUAUGGAAUGUUCAAAGAAUAUGAAGACUCACACGUACUUUGGUUUGCGGAUGUUACAUUUGAAACAGAUGAUAUGUACUUCUUAAUUGGAGUAAUUUGCGGCUUAGCAAUAUAUAAUUUUAUAAUUAUAAAUCUACCAUUCCCGUUGGCGUUAUAUAAAAAACUACUGGAUGAACCUGUCGAUUUAACUGACUUGCGUGACUUAUCGCCAACAUUGGCAAACUCUAUGGAGUCCAUACUCAAAUACGACGAACUCGAUUUUGAGGAAGUGUUUAAUUUAAAUUUUGAAAUAUCUCGCGAUAUUUUCGGUGAAUCACAAACGGAGGAAUUGAAACCAAAUGGCAGCCAAACACCCGUCACUUUAGAUAAUAAAAAGGAGUUUGUCGAUUUAUAUGUUGACUUUCUAUUUAACAAAGCUGUAGAAACUCAGUUUAAAGCUUUUCGCAAAGGAUUUAUGAAGGUUUGUUGGGGACGAGUGUUACAAAUUUUCAAACCUGAUGAAUUAAUGGCUGUGGUUGUGGGAAACGAGGAAUACGACUGGCAAGCUCUCGAGCUACAGUGUGAAUACAAAAACGGUUACAACUCUGGCGAUCAAACAAUAAGAUGGUUUUGGGAAGUAUUCCACGAGUUGCCGGAGAGUGAAAAGAAAAAGUUUCUCCUAUAUUUGACUGGAAGCGACCGAAUUCCCAUUCAAGGAAUGAAAGCGAUCAAAAUUUGUAUACAGCCAACAAAUGAUGAACGAUUUCUUCCUGUAGCCCACACGUGCUUCAAUCUAUUAGAUUUACCUCAGUACAAGACUAAAGAGCGUUUAAAAUACAAAUUGCUUCAGGCUAUUCAACAAACUCAGGGUUUUAGUUUAGUAUAACUAAAAAUUCUUUUAGAAGAAAAGCCUACGUUAAGAAUAAUGAAACAUAUUCGUUAAACAAAAAUUCCCUACAAGUAACCAUGCAUGUAUUGCCCAAUUUUUCGUUGACGUAGAUUAAUAUCAUUAUUUUUUGUUUUUGUUUUAUCAAAAUUUUUAAUUGAACCAACUGCAUGUGUGUACAUAUGUUAUUUAA